UGCAAUUGAUCAGUCUCUUGUUGGUAUAUGUGCAUCUUGUGCGUAUGAUUUGUUCAUGGAAUUUUGUUUUAGGUGCAAAGUAUUUGUAUUUGACAUAUUACAGAUAUUAUUAUUUUGUUCAACAAUAACAGACCUUCAAUUAAUCUCAACUUUUAAUUGUUUAUCCCUUUUAUCGCACCAAAAUUUGACAAGUUCAAAGUUAAUAUCGUCACUCAUAGUAAUUUGCAAGUAUACCCUCCAAACCCGAUAAUGUAAUUGCUAAUCAUUCACUGGACAUUAUCAGUGCCUAGUUCAAGUGGAAGUGAGUAUCAAAAUAAUAUCAACAGCUUUAGAUCAGCACGUCGUCACACCACAAUUGACAUCAGUUGAGGGGCCGCUAAAUUAUAAAGAUCAUCAAAAUAAACUUACGUUUCAGCUGAGGACUCUGGAAAUGAGCACUAAUGUCCUACCUGGCAAAAGAACCUAGAAUCAUUAGGCUUCAAAAUGAACACGUUACAUUUCUAAUUUACUGGUGUUUAAGUUGCAUAUUAACUGUGGGAUAUAAAUUAGUUUAUGGGAGGCUAAGAAUGUGAAUAGCUGAGAAUUGCCAUAAUGAGACAUCUGGUUUUUAAUUACCAAUCAAUUAAUUUCCCUUUAUUACAGAAACUGUCACCGACUCAUUUACUCGAUGAUCAUCAGUAUUACACGCUAAACAUGGCUUAUAUUCGUUUAAUUUUAGAAACAUGUUCAAAGAACAAAGUCAAGAUCGGAAUAUUGAUGAUAUUGACUGUAAUAAUUCAACUUCUUCGGAUCGAUUGAUUAAAGCUAAAAUCAAUUCGGCGGUAUGCAUAUAUUCCAUAUUUUAUAUGUAUAGUACUCGUGAUAACUAAUAAUAUAACUAGGAUUAUGAGCGAUAGUAAACAGUGUUGAAAUAAAAAUGUUAGUUACCACAAUGACCACUAAUAUUAAAAUAACUACUACUUAAUUGCUUACUUACUCCUGUUACCCCACACAGAGGAGCAUAGGCUGCCGAUUAGGAUUCUUCAAUCAACUUUUUACUGGGGUCACCUUUCCAAUUGUUUCUAGUUGCUAUUCAACGUUUUCAUGUCUGCUUCCAAUUCCUAGCGCAAUGUGUUCCAUGGUCAUUUUCUCUUCCGUCUGCACUCAAGAUUUCAAGUUAGCGCUUGCCUCGUGAUGCAGUCUGAUAAUUUCUUCAAAGUGUGCCCUGUCCACAUCCAGUGGAUUUUUCCGAUUUCCUCUUCACCUAGAAAUAGGUUUGUUCCCUCCCACAGUAGGUUGUUGCUGAUGGUAUCCAGCUAACUGACAUUCAGUAUCUCAUGUAGAUAAUUGUUUAUGAAUACCUGCAUUAUUCUGAUGAUGGUUGUAGUAGUUGUCGAUGUUUCAGCUCUGUACAAUAGAACUGUCUUGACGUUCGUUUUGAAGUAUCUGACUUUGAUAUUGGUUGACAGGUAUUUUGAGUUCCGUACGUUCGUCAACUGUAGUAAUGUUGUUCUUGAAUUACCAUUCCUUGCCUCCACUUCUGCAUCAGAUCCUCCACAUUCAUCGUUGAUGCUGAUGAGCCAGGUACGUGUAACUUCCCACCUGUUCCAGAGUUUCUCCAUCAAGUGUGAUUAGGUUGGUGUUCUCCGUGUUGUAUUUGAGGAUGUUUGUAUUUCCGUUGUGUAUGUUGAGGCCUACUGAUGCAGAGGUUGAUGCCACACUGUUUUUCUUGACUUGCAUUUGUUGGUGUGUAUUGAAUAGAAUAAGCUAGGUGAAAUGUUGUUGUUGGGAUAAGCAGUCCAGGUUAGAUGAAUAUUCAAACCUUCUUUCCUAUUGAGAGCAAAGGGAGUUAGCAUUAUGUGAAACGCUUCGGCCGCUCGCCUGUCUUUAUAGUUGGAAAAGCCUUUCUGAAUUAUAUAUAUAUAACAUCAAUUUGGUGAUUCUUGAAAUUAGCAUGUACUGCCAAUUCUACAUGACUAUUAGGUUUUUUUGUAACUUAAGUGUUCCUUGGUACAUUAGAAGUAAAAGAUCUAGACAUAGCAUAUUAGGAUAGCAUAUUACUUAAGACUAUUACUACUAUUUUAGUAACUGUUAAUAUCCCGAAUAGAGUAACUGAUGGUGCUCCAUUUAACCAUUUUUAGUUACUUGCUCAGAAUCCUCGUUGUUACUUGUCGAUUCUGUGAUUAUUUUAUCAGGUAAACAGUCUAACAACACGUAUGGUGAUUCGUGAUCUAAAUAAGCCAGUUUUAGCCUAUCAUACAAAUUCAUCUUGACCAAAUAUUACUUGAUAUUGACAAUAUUGAGACCUAGUGUGGCUUUGAUUGUAUUAAAAAAAUAUUUUGCAUUAUUUCCUCUGUACUAUUUAAACUUGUAUUAAUUUAAUGUUUGGUUAUUUAUUUACUCUGAAGAAGUGGCUUACAUAAAGUUACGAAACAUCGUUAGAGAUACAAUUUUUCUACUUUUUGGGAUAUAACAAAGAAUACAUUUAUUAUUAAGUCUUUAUCUAAUGUUUAAUUUAUGUUGAAACUAUCAAUCUCAAUCUUGGUGUAGUAUACUUAUUUAUUACUUUCUGUUUUGUUCAUUUUUUCCACUCAUAGUAUAAAUAGGAGUCAUUACAUCUUCAAUUGGUAUAUAUUUGUCCAAAGCUCUAGUUUUAUUUUGUAUUAAACCAGUAUUUUACAAUAUUCAUGAAUGCGUAUGUUAUAAAUUUUUGUCUUUUCCUAAUUCAUUACUUUGCAUUCAGUCAGUCAGCUACACACUUAGGACCAGGCACAUAUAUGCAUCGGUCCAAGUUGCCAUACCGCAUUAACACAACAAGAUGAACACCGAAUUGAUAGAAAUAGUUCAUUCAAUGGUAGUAAUAUAUAUAAAAGAAAGAUUGCAUAUAAGGAGAUAGUGCAGAAAGAUAUAAAGCAAUUUUAAUCUCAUAGUUUAAGAGAAGACAGAGAGCGUAUACACCUACGCCAUUGUGAUUUAUUUUAGGCCAUGUCACUCAGAGUCUCCAACCAUUGAUAUUAGGACCGUCACGUGGACCCCAAACAAGUAGUGUGCAUCUAUCAACAUUCAUUGUCAUUUCACGAUUGUUAUUUUUCUUUCUUUUUUCUAUUUGUACAUUUUUUUGUAUUAGAUAUCAAAAUCAAAAAAAAUUAAUGUUACCAAUAAAAAAUUGACAAUGUAUUUCGAUAAAGUGGUCGGGACAUUAAGUAAUAUAUCUGAUAUUAAGAAAAAGUCUGAUGAAAUAAAUGUAUCACAGAAUGAAGAAAGAACUGAGUGUCAAAACACUGAAAGGCAACUUGAUAAUGAAACUAUCACGACUAAAUUUAGUAUUAGUGCUGUCACUACUAACAGUAAUAUUAGUAGUAUUGAUAGUUGUACUGAAAUUAAAAGUUAUGGUGAUAGUGAUAAUGCGUUACACAAUCCGAUCAAGAAUGAAGCAACAAGUAAUCACUGCCAACACCAACAUCAAAAUAAUCACCAUAAAAAUGAAAUUAAUGCAACAAAUGAGGAAAUUCCAGUUUCACCGAGUAGUCUCACAGGUCAAUCCAGCAGUUUUUCUCAUUUGAAUACAUCAUCUCCAAUGUCAUAUGGUGAUGAAAUGAAUUCCAUUCCUGUAACCAGUUCAAUAGAUGAUUUACUUAGUUUAGAUCAAUAUGAUCAAGAUGACAGUAUGUUGAAGGACUUUUCAUCACAAAAUCAGUAUUCCAUUGAUAGAACAAAUAAUUCAAGUUUGGAAAGAUGGUUAUCGCAAUCUGAAUUACUGAGGUGCAAUACAAGAGUAAAACAUUUUCCAAGAGAUGGUUAUUUCUGGUCAGUCGCAUUAUUUAUCAAACUUGGUACGAAAUUAGUCCCCACUAGCCCAAAAGGUAAAACUAAUCCAUAUGUAAAAAUCAAGCACAAUGGAAGUGUUUUAGCUAGAAGUCGAAUGAUUCCAAAUAGUUGUAAUCCUAUAUGGGAUGAAAAAUUUUGGUUUCGUUUAUGGAGCUUAGAUACGCCAAUAGAGUUGAAGGUCUAUCAUCGUGAUCCAUUUAAAAAGGAUUCUUACAUUGGUCGGACGCAAUUCGGGCUAGUGGAUUUAGAUUUAGACAAAGAAUAUGAAUUUUUAUCAAAAUUAGAAAAUGAUCUCAAUAAAAGUAUGAAUUCAGGUGAAAUUAAAUUCUAUGUAACAUUAAGUGAAAUUAGUGAAACUUUUAUUGAUAAUUCAGAGUGUAAAAAAUUGAAAAAGAAAAUGAAAGAAGAAAAAUCUCGUGUAUUUGCUACGGAAUUCUCAUCACAAAUUCCUGGUACAACCACAUCAACGCUCACUCAAUCUGAUAAUUAUUCUGUAGCAGAAAAUAUCGAUGUACCAACUUUACGUUCAGGAAUUAUUAAUAAUUCAGUUACACGUUCUCAGCAAUAUAAUCCACAAUCUAAUCAAUCAAACCAUGAUUCAACAGAAAUCGUGGAUUUCAUAGAAGACUUACAAAAUGAUGAUGGGCAACCAAAUUUAUCAAAACAAGGAGACAAAUCUUUACAAAGUCGUGUUGAAGACAACUGGACGGAACGAAAUCAAUCUUUACUACCUCAACCUAAAUGGCCGUAUAAUUUUUAUGAAGGUACUAGCCUAGAGUUGUACACUAGCAAAUGUCAAGGUGAUACGAAUGAAAGUAUUGAUAAACUAUAUACAUUGAAUAAUGAAAUACAAAUGGAGAGUUUGUUUCAACAAUCCCGUUUAAUAGUUACGUUGGUCGGUGCAAAAAAUUUAAAAGUACGAACUAAACUAAAGAAUGUUGUUGCUGUCAGUGAGGCCGAUACUUGUAAAGCACCACGUGGUCGAUCAACAAGAAGCCAUCCAGAUCAUACACUAAAUGGUUUAGAUGAAGAAAAAAACAAUUUACCUUGUCCAACAGUGUUUUUAACUGUUGGAACCAAAACACAUCAAAGUAAAGUUGUAAUGCAUACAAAAAAUCCAUUAUGGAAUGAACGAUUUGAAUUUCGUGUUCGUCCUGGAAUGAGAACAGUACUUCAGUGUGAAGUAUUUGAUGACUCACAUCAAAAUACCAAUCUGCUCGGUCGAUUUUAUUUAGAUUUUUCGAAAAUUGUCCUUGACUGGACAACAUGUUUCACACUGAAUAAUCAAGAUGGUCGAGGUCAUGGUGAAUUACAUAUUUUAGCUACAAUGACCGGAUUAUUUCCAAUUUCCAAUGCCACUAUUCCUAGAACAUUUUCAUCAGAUCAGUUAAAAUUAGAAACUGAUUCAAUUUAUGGUGAUUUGUCUAAAGAAUCUAUUUCGAAAAGCACAUUAGAUCAAAUAGCUGAAUAUUAUAAAAUUAGAAAUACACUUCGAAAAUGGUCAGAUGUCGGCUGGUUACAUAUUGUUGUAAAUCGAGCGUCUAAUUUACCAGCAAAAGAUCGAAGUGGAAAAUCUAAUGUUUUCUGUGAAAUAAGACUUGUUAAUCGAGUUGUACGAACAUUCACAGCACAAAAGAAUGCUAAUCCUGCAUGGAAUCAAGCAUUUGUAUUUCCAAUUGAAGAUAUGUAUUCUGUUUUGGAAGUACAUGUCUAUGAAGAAGGCAAAGAGUCAUCUGAAUUAACAGGAUGUAUUUCAUUUCCGCUCAUACAACUUGUUAAUCGUAGACAGAAAUGGUAUGCAUUAAAAGACAAAUCAUUGACUACAUUAGCUAAAGGUUCUAUUCUACUACAGACUAUUAUUAUUUUCAAUCCUCUUAAAGCUUCAAUUCGUGCAUUAUAUCCUAAAGAAAAGCGUCUAUUUGUUGAAGAUAGUAAAGUUAAACUACGGGAUUUUACAAAGAAGCAUUUACCUCUCUUACAACGCAAUAUUGAUCGUCUUACACCGUAUAUAGAUUAUAUAAAAAAAAGUGGACAAGCUUUUCAUAAACUUUAUUCAUGGGAAAGACCAUUUGUAUCAUUAAUCAGUUUGAUAACAUUUGAAUUGGCUGUUUUAUAUUUUCAACCAUAUAUGAUUGGUUUCUUCUUAGCUUUAUUUAUGAUCAUCAUGUUGAUUGUCCCAAGGAUAUAUUCCACUUCAUCAUUAUUAUUAUCUCCAACAUCAAUAAAUUUUCUUCGAUUUUCUAGAUCUAAAGAUUCAGAUAGUGAGGAGAAUGAAGACGAUGAAGAUAUCAUUGAUCCAGAGAUUUAUGGUGACUACUCUGAUAUGGAUGAUGAAGAUGAAGCAAUUUUAAAGAGAAAAAAAGAUAAAAAAACUAGUUUAGCAGCAAAGUUAAAUAAGAUUCGUUCUGUACUCGGAACAUUGCAAGAUAUUGCUGAAUGGAUAACAUCAUUCUUCGAACGAUUGAAUUAUUUAUGCAGAUGGAGAUAUCCUUCUUUGAGUUGUUUAUUCUUGGUGACUAUUUUAAUGAUUUCAAUAAUGCUCUAUUUCAUACCUUUACGAUAUAUUAUUUUUGGAUAUACUCUGAAAAAGUUCACACGUAGAAUGCGCAAUCGACAAAGACCGUCUACUACAUUAUUUAUGGGUAUUUUAAAUAGAGUUCCUAGUAGAAUGGAGAAGAUUUAUUACAGAGAAUUAAGACCUUUAUCUACUCCACCAGCUGAAAUAAGACAAUCAAAUGUGUUAUCAACUACCAAGGUAGGAGGAGUACAAAGUUGUCCAGGAACGAAUGGUUAUCAAAGUAAUGUGGAAUGAUGCACAAAUAUUACCGGAAUAUACAUAUACAUACAGACAUAUAUAUACAAAAUAUUAUACAUAGUAUUGACUUUAUUGAUUUUAUCCAUACUUCUUUUCUUUUAACCUUUUAUGACAUCAUCAAUCACUAUUUCACAGCUGACAGUGAUCAACAAAAUACUGUUUUUUUCUUUAUUAUUUGUACUUUAUUGAAUGUUUGAAUUACGAAAUCUUACAAUUACAGCGUUUAUUAUCAUUAUUAAUACAAAAUAUUAACAUUUAGUAACAUCUCUUUCUCUCUCCCCCACUCUCCCUUUCUCUCUCUCUCUCUCUUCUUUCCUUCAUCUCCGUAACUAACUCAUUAUUACUAAUGAAUUUUUAUAAUGUAUCCGUAUACUUUCUAAAAACCAAAACAAAAACAAAACAGAAACUAAUUUCUAUCCAAUCACAUCAUUCAUUUUAAACAAAUGGAACUUGAUUGACUCAAUAGAAAACAAAAAAAGGGGAUCAUAGUUGAAGUAUUAAAUAUUGAAUUAAGAUAAUAACAGAGCUAAAUACUCUAUUGUAUAACAUUUGAUCAAAGAUGAUUGAGAAGAACUAGUCUUAUUUGAUGAUUUCUUGAAUCUUUGACAUUCUUCUAUGAUAAUAUUGACCUGUUCACAGUUGAUAAAGAUUAUUUUUUUAUAAACAUCAUUACAAAUUUAUUUAUUUGCUUAUUAACCUUAAUGAAAAACGAUUUGUCAAUCAUAUGGAGAAAAUAAUAAUAAUAAUAAUGAAUAA